UUUUUUUUUUUUUGAAGAAGUAAUUGUCUCUGACAUCACUAAACUGCAUAGUGAGUUUGUGAGUGGUUAGUUCGGGGUAACAGAGGAAGCAACUCCUUCACAGAUAAGCAGGCAGUGCAGUAGAGACACACAUGCUGUUUCAUAAGGAUACGCCUGAUUUCCAGAAAUAACCAUGUUUUUGUGGCUUAAACUCUUAGCAUUUGGUGUUGCAUUUCUGAGACAGGAUGCUUUUGUCAAAGCAGGAGAUGAAAAUCUGGCAAACACCAGCUUUCCCUUCCUUAUGUCACCUCCACCUGCACACUCCACAUCACUCUCACCUCCAGACACCACUGAAGCAGGAGAUGAAAAUCUGGCAAACACCAGCUUUCCCUUCCUUAUGUCACCUCCACCUGCACGCUCCACAUCACUCUCACCUCCAGGCACCACUGAAGGAGAUGAGUCAGCAGUGACUACGCCUGACAGCACAUACCUCUCCAUGCACACAGGCUUCAUCCCUGGCACGGCACUCAGCAACCCACCACGCAGCAGCACUACUUCACUCACCACACGCGCUCCCACUGCCUUCCCGAAUGCUUCAUCAGAUGAUUACAAUUCAGCAUCCUUGCACAGCACCAUCUCACCAGUCAGCAUGCCAACAAACACUGGGAUCAUCCCCACUUACACAAUAGAAGCUCCCCCAGUGACAACAGAUGAACCUUGUGAUGAUGCUAUUGACUACAGCAUAAAAAGUGUAGAAGGCAAGAAUAACAUGGCUGAAGUUACACUGAAAAAUCUCAGAAAAAACAGAGAAUAUGUAAUUUUGGAGGCUAACAAGAACUUCAGUGUGGAAUCCGGCAUCUAUACAAUAGAACUUCAGAGAUGUAUGAGAUACACAGUUAGUGUUAAAAAUUGCGCUGACAUGUAUCUUUUUGUUCCACCUGACAUUGCUAAGAAUCCUUUCACAGUUGAGGAUCAAACCAACACAUCUGCAACGUUAUGCUGGAAAAAGCCACUUGACUGCUUAGCUAAUGUGACUGUUCGCUGCAAAGGUUUACCAGUCUUUACAGAAUUAAAUCAGUCUUGUAAAGAACUGAAUAAUUUAUCAGCCAACUCUCAGUACAACUGCACUGGUGCCAUACAUUUCUUUGAAAAAAAGGUUGUCAGCCAAGAGUUCAUCAUAACAACAGAUUAUGGUGCUCCAGAAGCACCAGAAAACCUUACAGUAAUUUCUGAGGCCAGACAUGUAUCUGUUACAUGGGAGAAACCUAGAGACAUUUCAAAGGGUCCUGUAGAUGGUUAUUUAGUGACAUGCAAUGACAGAGAGGAAAAACUUGUCAACAAGACUAGCCAUAUUUGCCAUGAAUUGGAACCAUAUACCAAUGGUUCUGUGUCUGUGACACCAUAUACCCGAAGCACAUUUAAUAGGGGACUAUAUAGAGGAAAACCAGGAAGAUGUAACUUUAGAACAAAAUCAGCAGAACCACAGCAAGUGAUCGAUGUUAAUGCAACACUGACAGCUGAUAAUGCUGUCCAAAUUAAAUGCAAAAAUCAACAAGUGUAUGGAGCGCAAAAAAUAUUUGAAUUGACUUGGGAAAAUGAUGGAACAAAUGAAUCCAGACAUGAGUGUGAUUUUAAAAAAGAAAAUCUGUCAUACUUAACAAACUAUACAUUUACGAUCUUGGUGUUUAAUGGAGAGUAUAGAGGGCAGCCCGUAAAGACAAGUAUAAAAACCAGAUAUAAUUCUAAAGCCCUGAUUACAUUCUUGGUGUUCUUGAUCAUUGUGACAUCAAUUGCUUUACUACUAGUUCUGUACAAAAUCUAUGGUCUACACAAAAACAAGCUCAGCAGUUCUUCUGAAGGUGUGAACCUUGUUACAGUUAAAGAUGAUGAUAGGCAACUUCUGAACAUAGAGCCAAUACCUUCAGAGCAGCUGCUGGACACAUACAAGAGGAAGAUUGCUGAUGAAGGAAGACUUUUCUUAGAUGAAUUUCAGAGUAUUCCUAGAGUUUUCACUAAAUUUUCAAUAAAGGAGGCCAAGAAAAGCCAUAAUCAGAACAAAAACCGUUAUAUUGAUAUCCUUCCAUAUGAUCAUAACCGUGUUGAGCUCUCAGAAAUCCCAGGGGACCCAGGAUCAGACUAUAUCAAUGCAAGUUAUAUUGAUGGUUUUAAAGAACCAAGAAAAUACAUUGCUGCACAAGGCCCUAAGGAUGAAACCACAGAUGAUUUCUGGAGAAUGAUCUGGGAACAGAAGGCAACAAUUAUUGUCAUGGUGACUCGCUGUGAGGAAGGAAAGAGGAACAAAUGUGCCCAGUACUGGCCGUCAAUGGAGGGCGGCUCUGCAACAUAUGGGGACAUCAUUGUGAAGAUCAAUGAAAGUAAAACGUGUCCAGACUAUGUAAUUCAGAAACUACACAUCACAAAUGGAAGAGAAAGGACAGCUGGAAGAGAUGUCACUCAUAUUCAGUUCACAAGCUGGCCAGAUCAUGGAGUUCCUGAGGAUCCACAUCUCCUUCUCAAACUUCGACGCAGAGUUAAUGCUCUCAGCAACUUUUUUAGUGGCCCAAUAGUGGUUCAUUGCAGUGCUGGUGUUGGGCGCACCGGGACAUAUAUAGGAAUUGAUGCCAUGCUGGAAGGGCUGGAUGCAGAAGGCAGAGUGGAUGUUUAUGGCUAUGUCGUGAAGCUUCGUCGGCAGCGAUGCCUUAUGGUUCAAGUAGAGUCACAGUACAUCCUUAUCCAUCAAGCACUAGUGGAAUACAAUCAGUAUGGAGAAACAGAGGUCAGCCUAUCAGAACUGGAUUCCUAUCUUAACAAUCUGAAAAGAAAAGAUCCUCCGAGUGAUCCUUCUCUGCUGGAGGCAGAGUUUCAGAGAUUACCUUCCUAUAAGGGGUGGCGGACACAGAACACCGGGAAUCGUGAGGAAAAUAAAAGCAAAAAUAGGAAUGCCAACAUAAUUCCAUAUGACUUUAACCGAGUACCAAUCAAGCACGAAGAUGAAUGCAGUAAGGAGGGUGAACAUGAUUCAGAUGAUUCCUCAGAUGAGGACAGUGACUGUGAGGAAUCAAGCAAAUACAUCAAUGCUUCCUUUAUAACUGGUUACUGGGGUCCGAAAUCCAUGAUUGCAACACAGGGACCACUGCAGGAAACUAUCUCUGACUUCUGGCAAAUGGUCUUCCAAAGAAAAGUCAAAGUCAUUGUUAUGCUGACAGAGCUGAAAGAAGGAGAUGAGGAACUCUGUGCACAAUACUGGGGAGAAGAAAAACAAUCGUAUGAUGGCAUAGAGGUUCAAAUGACAGAUGUCAACUGUUGUCCUAGCUAUACCAUACGUGCAUUUGAUGUUACACAUCUGAAGAUGAAAGAAACACAGAAGGUGUAUCAAUAUCAGUAUCACAAGUGGAGUGGCUUUGAUGUUCCAGAAAACCCCAAAGAUUUAGUCAGCAUGAUUCUCAACCUUAAACAAAAAGUUACAGUCAGACCAGUCACUGAGGACAAGAAGAAUACCCGCAGUGUCCCACUUGUCGUCCACUGCCGUGAUGGAUCACAGCAGACUGGUGUAUUUUGUGCUUUAAUGAAUCUCUUGGAAAGUGCAGAAACAGAAGAAGUAAUAGAUGUUUUCCAAGUAGUAAAAGCUCUUCGUCGCACCAGGCUGGGGGUGGUCGCCACCUUUGAACAUUACCAAUUUCUUUAUGACACCAUUGCCAGCUCCUACCCUGCACAGAAUGGACAAAUAAAGAACAGCCAACAGGAAGAUAAAGUUGAAUUUUGCAAUGAAGUAGAAGAAACAGAUCAGGAAACCGAUUUGAUCACUAUUGAUCUUAUCCCACCAGCACCAGAGGAAAAUCAGGCUUCUGAAGUAUGUGAUGAAUCUAAGGCUGCAGGUAGCACUAAGGGAGCAGAAAACUCUGCAAAUGGCCCCUCAGCUCCAGUUGUAACUUAGAAGCUAUGAAAAAGAAACCCCAAAACAAAAGCUUUUUCAUGUGCAAAAAGAUUUAAGCAAAAGAAGAAGUACAAGAUUUCUUCUUCUUCUUUCCACUUUUUUUUUUUUAAAUGAAAACUGUUAUAUCAGUUUUUCAAAGGUAAAAAUUUAAAGGAUUACUUGAAACUUGGUGACAGUGAUGACGAACUGUGAAAAUUUAAGUUUUGUGUAGAUUUGCAUUUAAUACUUCUUCAGAAACCUUUUCACUGCUUUUAUACUUUUUCUUUUCAAAAUAUGUACAGUGUAAUACUAUGCUGAGCAGUGGGAAGGAAUUUUUUUGACUUCUGUAACAAGGAGAAAAACAAUUCAGAACAAGAUGAGCAUGUUGCAACAACAGGUUUGUCUUCAACAGUAUUAGUAAGUAAAUUAACCUAAUUGGGAAGCACAUAUUCUAGCAUUUCAGGAGUCCUAACCAAGAACUGCUUUCAUAAUACUCUGUGCAACUUGUGGAACUUUGCCAAAUAGUCUGAAGAGCUAAUCAUUUACAGCAUGUGGCACUUCCAAGGAAUUCAAGCUGAUGGAGAAUCUGUAAAUCCUCCCAUUUCAAUGUGGAAUAGAAAUUUCUUGCAUUUUUCUAAAUUGCCUCAAGGUGUCCUUGUUGCUCCACAUAUAUUAAUCAGAAAUUUCAACGUUAGACUCGAAGAUUUUGGAGAUUGGCACUUGAAUCAUUGUAAUCAUUCUGAUAGAAAACACCUCAUCUUUAUUCUUAUGGCUUAUAAUACAGCGUGCUUGCACAUGUUUCUUAUGCUUACUGUCACUUGAAGGGACUCCCUCCAUGGAUGCAUAUGACCUGUUUUCAGAAUUGGAAAAUACUUGGGUGCUUUUCCUCCAAACCUUGUAGAUUUUAAUUGGUACAAGAUUUUUUUUUUUUGUUGUUAGUUUUUCAUUAUGAGGUUUUCUAUGUUACAGUGGUGAUAUUUUCACUAUUUCUUGCUGGAUUUUAGCCUACUGUUUUUAGAACAAAUAAAAAAGGUAAUAGUUGACAAGGUGGAAA